AUGGCCGAAACGGGACAACAACGAGCCCUCACGACAGCCUUUCCGCCGCCCCCGCCUUUAUGGAAACACUUCACAACAGUUAAUAUUAAGAAACUUGAAGAAAUCAAGAGAGAUGCCACCAAGGGAGAAGAUGGAAAGCCACAAAAGAAGAAGACUUGGACGCCCACUGAACUACGCUCUCUAGAUCUACCAACGGAGCUUCGUUUCCUCGUGCCGCCAGAGAUACCUAUUUCCGGACAGUACAAUGUGUUUGGAGAGCUACAAAAUCUCUCGACCAACCUUCCUUCCCUGAAAGAUCAAGGCAUCACGCAACUCUACCCUGAGCCCCAAUCAGGUGCCAAUGGUGAACCUACGUCAGAGCGCCCUCAGCCUUUAAACCACGCAUAUUACCUACUUAAAAUUAGCAAGUCCCUCUUGUUAAACUUCCUCGAAUUUGUUGGUAUACUAUCGAUCAAUCCGGAGCAAUUCGAGCCCAAAGUGGAGGAUCUACGCAAUUUAUUCAUCAAUGCCCACCACCUUCUAAAUUUGUACCGACCUCAUCAAGCACGUGAAUCCCUCAUUCUAAUGAUGGAGGAGCAGCUAAACCGCACAAGGGAGGAAAUUCAGCAAAUGGACAAGUUAAAGGAUGAAAUUUCGGGUGUUCUAGAACAGCUGGAGAAAGAAGGUGCUGACGUUCACACGGCUAUUGAGACCACCGACGAACAUGAUAAAAGGGCUGCUAUCCCAGAGCAAGAUGCUAUUGAAAAUUCAACUUUGGUUUGGAAGCUUCUAGACGAAAAUAAUUGA